AUACACCAAAAGACGGAAGACUCAGAGGAAGUAAAGAAAGAGCCCCGCUUUAAAUAUCACCAGAGAGAGAAAUGCAGAAGAAACAGACAUAGAGAAAAACGUCUUCAACCAUACAGUGACCGGACUGAAUCAGGAUGUGUAUUCUCAUCUGGCUAACUGUGCUCUUUAAAAUGAUGAACAACAGUUACAUCUCAGAUGUAAAGACACCAACAAUCACUGGUGAAUCCACCAUUAUGCAAGACGGAAGUCUGAAUCUGACCUGUACUGGUGAUAGUUUUCCUCCAUUUGACAUCACAUGGACUAAACCUGGCAUCAACAAAACCCUGAACAGUAAAGCUGGGCCUGGAACGUCAACUCUUGUGAUUCAUAACGUUACAGAAGAGCAUUCUGGCCAGUAUGUUUGUUCUGCAAACCAUCUGAACACAACCUUGUUCCAAGAUAUUAACAUUACUGUAAUAAAUGAGACGAAACUUGUUAUCACUGGAGAAACAACGGUAACAGAGGGUAAUACUCUAAAUCUGACCUGCACUGGAGACAUAUUUCCUUCAUCUUUAAUAACGUUGACUAUAACUGGCAUGAACAAAACCUUGAAUAAUGAAACUCAAUCCGAUGGCAGAAGAUUGACCCUUGUCAUUCAUAAUAUGACAACUGAGGAUUCUUGGCAGUAUUUAUGCACAGCAAAACUUCAGAACAAUACCCUGACAGAGAAGGUGGAUGUAUUAGCUAAAUAUCAGAAGGGGCCUGAAAUCACUGGAAAGAGUGUUGUUACAGAGGGCCAUGAUCUGAAUCUAACCUGCAGCCUUGAUAGUUGGCCUCUGUCUUUAAUCACCUGGACCAAAACUGGAUUGAGCACAGCCUUGAAAAAUGGCAGCAGAUCAGCCAGGCUUGUCAUUUUUAACAUAACCACAGAAGACAGCGGACAGUACCUCUGCACAGCAAAACAUCCUAACAAGACCUUGACAACGAAGGUAGAUGUAUUAGUGACAUUGCUACCUAAGAUCCUGGAUGAGUCUGGCUGUGAGGCUCAGCUGGAAGUCCUGACCUGCCUGUGCAUCAGUCAGGGCUUCCCUUCACCCACAAUUACAUGGGAACGGUUGGAGAACCACGUCGAGUACUCUGUCGACAUCACUGUGUCAAACCACACAGUCAAAAGCACCAUUUUCCUAAAUGUGAAAGACAAUUCCAGCAUUCCUGCUGUUUGUGUCAGUAGUAAUAGAAAUGGUGAAACAAGAAGGAAUCUAAAUACAAGAAAAGUGGAAGAUCAAGGACGCCUCAUGACGCUGCUAAGGACUGUUACACAGAUGGGAACAAUAAUUCCUUUUUUGAUCGGGUUGCUACUCUCAGCAGCUAUUUUCAGUUUAUUGUUGCUGUGCUGCAGGAAAAAACAAAAAUCUUAUGGAAGGGCAUCUGAGACUCUGGAGAUGGUGAUGACUCAAGAGACAAAUGGCAGUCCCGAAGAGGAUUACCAGCCGAUUCAGACCCAAGGGACAGCUGGGGGAUAUGAAAACCCGGAAGCUGGAACAUCUGAAAUAGAAUAUUCUGAUAUUAAUUUGUUGUUGCUCAAACAAGAAAUUCAAAGACCUGCAGAGGAGAAAGCAGAAACAGACUAUGCUAAGAUAAAGAUAAAAGGACCAACAUUUAAGGGAGAGGGAGAAGGGCAAAAGCAAGAGGAGGUGAAACUGUGUGUACCAGAGACUGUGGAAAGUGAGGCUGUAGCAGUGUAUUCCAAUAUGACAAGCCUAAUGGAUCAAAUGUAAAGAUCAUUGACUUUAGCAGCUUGAAGACAUAAAUAUUCCUGUAGUUAUUGUAAUACAUGUUCAUACAUCUUAAAGUCACUUGUCUUGGGCAUAGUCUAGAAGCAGCAAAAAAGAAAAGGAAAGAAAGCUAAUAUUAAUUAACUAGCAAGACACAAACUGAUGAUGGUUUAGGUGAACAAGAAACCACUGAGUUAAAAAUGUGAGAUUAAAGUAACGUCUGGUAAAGCGAACAGAUGUCAGAUGUGAUUUGCAUAUGGGGUUCCUCUUACAGAACAGAGUGAAACUCGGCUGAAGAAGUUAAAAGGUUUUUGAACAGCAGUGCAUAUCCCUAUAACAUUGUUCCUCUUUAUUGUAAAAGUAAAAAAAGUUUUUUUUUUCAGUUUUUACUUUUAGUAAUAAGAAAAAAAAAGAUUGCUGAUAGUUUUAGAUUUGAACAUUGCAAGAGAAAUUACAAUUUAGGAACAGAAACAAAUGGUUUAGCAACAACAACUCAGACCAAUGCAUAAUUUGUACAAUAAAUAUACUUUUUAAAGUCUUCAUUUUUAGUUUACUCUAACAGCCAUAUUACAUAUACAGUAUUAUGCUGUGUACACUGGGAGUCAAUGAGUUUUUGUCGUUCUCAACUUAACAUGCUGUUUGUUAUAACACAAUGUUUCCUGUAAAGUUGUGCUCACCAGUAUUUGCUAUGUGAAACCAGUUGAAUCUAUGUAGCCUGCAGAAAAAAAUGCUUUUGUUUGUACAAUAAAUCAUGUUUCAUCAGUUUGUCAAAGUGUUUACAUUCAUGUACAGUGCUUUGCAAAACUGUUAUAACACCUUGAAAAUGUUCACAUUGUAAUGUAACAUUCACCAACUUCAUAUAAUUUAUUAGGAUUGUAUGGUAACAGAACAGCAUAAAGUAUUAAACAUA